AUGAGCAAUUUGACAGGAGGGCGAGCUUCUACGAAGCUUAAUCAGUUAACUGACAAGAUCAUCAGCGCACCUAUUCUUCCAGAAGAUGAGAAAGAGCUUGAUGAAGAGUGAAAGAGAGAGGAAGAACUAAUGCUUAAGGAAAAAUAUAAAGAGAGUUUGAAGAGAAGGCAUGAUCUUGCCAUUGUUCUCAAAACCAAGUGCAAUAAAGAAAUAGCCAGGGCUAUUAUGAGAGACCUCGAUGAACAAGGAUUUGACACUGUUCUAGCUGAAUGUUCAGGCAAGCAAGUCAGGUUAACCAAGGAAACAGAGAGCGAUACAAUCAUUCUUGAAGAGCCAAGCAAUGCCAGAGUUAUCUUUGUAGCUUACGAUGACGAAAGAGCUAUUUUGAGGGAAGCUGAGAAUCUUCGCUUCAGAAAAUUCAAAAGGCCUGAUGAUCAAACAGCAUAUGAUAAGGAUAAGAGGGAAAAGAUUGAUUACCUAGACGCACGUAUUAUCAAACAUGAAGAAAAAGAUUUCUUCAAAGUAGCAGAAAAAGAAAAGUAUGAAGGCGGUGAUUUCAAUACUAUUCUCACUGAUGGGGAGAUCAAUUUGUGUGUUUAUAAGCUAGUUUCAUCCCUACAGUUGACUAAGAGCACAUCUAAUUCUUACAAGGCUCUUCCUGUAAAUGUGUAUCCUCCUCUUCCAAAUGAGGCUUUGAUAUUUUAUCUUCUUAAGCAUGGAUACAUCACUGAAAUGGUACCUUUGCACAGUAGAUCUAGAAGCAAGGAGAACUACAAGCCUCUAUUUGAAAGCGUCAUGAAGCAGUACAAAGCUCCUGUCGAAGACUUAAGGAGCUACUAUGGAGAAUCGGUAGCAAUUUACUUUGAAUGGUGUAACUUCAUGGCCAGAUGGCUCCUAGUCCCUUCUAUAAUUUCAAUCAUUCUUUGGCUUGGGGAGUUCUUCAAUGCUGAUGCAAGAGACAAUACUUUGUUUAACUAUAUGUUUGCAGUAGGAAUCACUAUUUGGUCUCCUAUGUUGGUGAGAUUCUGGAGAAGAAGAUGCUCAGAGAUCGAUAUUGAGUGGGAUAACUACAACCUUUCAACAAGUGCAGUAAGCUUUAGACAAGAAUUCAAAGGAGAUAUUAGGAUCAACCCUGUUACUGAUUUGGAAGAAGAUCAUUAUCCAUCAAGCCAAAGAUUAUUGAGAUACAUUGAAUCUUUCAUAAUCUCAACGCCUUUCAUGACUCUUGCCUUUAUUGUUAUGAUUAGCUCUCUCAACAUGAUGGGUUACAGUGACAAAGAUGACCUUCUUGCUUGGGAGUUCUUCGCUCAAAUGGCUCGUCAAGGUGGGAUCUUCGAGAAAGGAACUCUCAUGGCCAACAUCCCAUCGCUGUUCAUGAGCAUCACCAUGAUCACGAUAGGAGUGUUCUAUGAGUCAGCUGCCAAGUAUGCCACAGUCAGAGAAAACCACAAAACCAAAGAAGCCCACAUCAACUCAGUCAACAUCAAGAAGUUCACAUUCAACUUUCUGUUUUACUUUGGCCACUUGUUCUAUGUGGCGUUCCAGAGAAGAGACAUUGAUGGACUCAAGAAAGAACUCAUCGUGCUCGCUCUGGUCGAUGAAGCCAGAAGGAUCUUCAGUGAGUCAGCUUUGCCGACUUUCAUGAAGUAUGGACUACACUUCGACAAGAAGUUUGGCUCGGCCAUCGAAGAGGAACUCAACGAGCUUACAUUGCCUGAGUACACUUACUUCGAAGACUACCUUGAACUGGUCAUACAGUUCGGGUAUGUGUCUAUGUUUGCAGUCGCAUUUCCAUUGGGCGCCUUCAUCACAUAUGUGUUUCUGUUUUUCGAGAGGAGAUCAGAUGCUUACAAAAUUGAGAAGCUAUGCAGGAGACCACUAAGUCUGAACACAUCAGACAUCGGGAUAUGGGAUGAAGUGAUGAAGCUGAUCAGUUUCACAAGCGUGUUUACAAAUUUAUUCUUGUUUUCAUUCCACAAGACAGCUGACGGAGUAGUGUCACAAGGAUGUGAGAGUAGUUCAUACUUCAUCGGAAUCGAGCAUUUACUAAUCAUAGCUAUCUUCAUUUUGCAUGCUAUUAUCUCUACUAAACCAAAAUGGGUUAGAAUCUUCCUCCAAAGAGUUGACCAUAAAGAGAAAAAGAAGUUAAUUCUCACCUCAGCAUUGAGCAAGUUCAAGGGUGCUUUUGCCAAGAUCAGAGGUAUUAAGUUCCUUACCAAAAAGGAUUAA